UAUAAUAAUCGAACUCUCCAGCUCGAGUGUUGGGGAACCUCACCAAUGAAUUGCACGCACUGUACCGUACCAACGGUCACCUUCCCUUCAUUCCUUGCAAAACCAAACCUCGCUCCCCCAAAAACCCUUCUUCUACCUCGGAAUUUCACAAACCAAUCUCUUAAAACCUCCCACCUACAGAAGAAGACAAGCUUUCGAAUCCGGGUUUCGGCCACCGAUAGUAGUGGAGGCGGGAACUGGGUCAACCGGUUGCCCACUGGAGCUUUGGCCGCCGAUAAGGUUCUUCGACUGAUUGCUGGCGCCACUUCUAGUCCCAUUGGCCAGUACGUGUCCUCGCCUUUCACGGUUCUUCAUUCUGUCGACCCCAGAAUCAAAUUGGUAUGGCUUUUGGCCUUGGUUGUUUUACCAGCAAGGUCACAUAUAAUACUACGACUGGGAUUAGUAAUCUUCUUGGCCCUUUUGUCGAUAUGGAUUCUUCCAAGACAGGCGUCGAUGGACCAACUGGCAAGAGUGUCCUUACUUUCUGGAAUUUUGUUCAUCAUGUUGGGGCUGGGUUCAGAUGGUGUACCAUCCCUUGUCCAACUGCGAACCCCACCUUCUUCAGUGACAGGAUUGCCAAAUCUUCCUUCAUCUUUAGUAGGUUAUUCAUAUUCAAUUAUGAAGCUAGGACCAUUAGAUUUUACAAGGAAGGGCUUGUCUAUAGCUAGUACGGCUGCCUGUUUAACCUUCACAGUCUUUCAAAGCGCAAGCCUUUGCCUGACAACCACGACCCCCGAACAGCUUGCAUUUGCCUUACGGUGGUUUAUGUUCCCCUUGACUCAUAUUGGUGUUCCAGUAGCUGAAAUUACUCUCACCCUUAUGUUGUCGUUAAGGUUCAUCAAUCUAGUGUUUGACGAGGUACGGAAUGUAGCAUUGGGGAUUAUAUCUCGUAGGAUAAAUUGGGAACAACUGACAAUGUUGGAGUCCAUUGAUCUAUUCUUUGCCUACUUCCGUCAAAUUUUCAAAAAUAUUUUUAACCAUGCCGAGCAGAUUUCACAGGCAAUGAUUGUCAGAGGUUUUAGAGGAGACAGCAAGUCUCACACAAUUUAUAACUUAUCGGAAUCAUCCUUUGGUAGAGCAGAUAUUAUAUCCUUGUUGUGCUUGGUUGGUGUGACUGCUGCUUGUGUUCUCUCAGAUUAUCUUCUUGUCUAACUAACAUGAGUGUAAAAAACUUCAGUUACCAUACACUUGCACGGGCUGUUGGAUGAAGAGCUAACAUGACAUGAUUAAGAAUAUGGGAUCCAUCAGCAAUUAGGUUGGAAAUGGCAACCUUGGUGGCGUCCAUUAAGAAUAUAUGAACCCAUUAAGAAUAUAUGAACGGUCGAAUUUAGGACUUAGGAGACACAUACUUCCAUUCUUUGUCAAUUGCGGUCAUCUUUGGUCAUCUAUGAGUUCAAACGCAUUAUCAAUUGUGGUUAUCUGCAAUGUCUAGAUGCUGCCUUUGUUAUGUUUAAAGAGUUUAUUAAACCAUGCUCUUGAUUGCUUAGCUUUUGUGUUCAUAUCAAUCCCAAAAUUUUCGAAUA